AUGGCUAAAGCGCAAGAAUCGUUCAGCGGUUUCACAUACGUUCCGGGCAUAUUCUCUCACGAUCAGCAACAGACUGGCCCAGAUAGUGGUUUCCGCGCCAAGACGUUACCUAGGCUUGGUAUACUCGAUCGCGAGUAUCCAUCUUGCGACACUAGCAACAAUGAUGCCCAAUGGCAACGCCUUCAUCAACAUCUCCAUAGAUUGAAUGGGAUUGAUCCACAACGUGAACGCUACAAAGUACUUUACGUGGCUCGACAUGGUGAAGGCGCCCACAACGUCAAGGAGCGCGAGGUCGGCAGACACGAAUGGGAGCGACAUUGGUCGAAACUCGAAGGCGAUGGCAAUGUCACCUGGUUGAAUCCCAGCCUCACCGAGAAAGGCUUCAAGCAAGCUCGAGAACUUGGUGUCUUUUGGCGCAAUGCAAUCAAUCACGAUCUUGUCCCUCCGCCCGAGAGCUUGUAUACUAGUCCUCUUUGGAGAUGUCUACAAACGACCGACGCCACAUGGUCCAACGUCCUUGAUCUCAGACGUAGCAGACCUGUGGUAACCGAGGAACUCCGCGAGGUCUAUGGUGUGCACACUUGUGACAAACGAGGUAGUGCUUCAGCGAUCACGGAGCACUUUCCGGACUUCGUGCUGGCUCCAGGACUAUCGGAGGAGGAUGAACUAUGGACUCCAGACCGUCGAGAGACGCUUGAUGAGCAUGCAGACCUGUGGCGAACAUUUCUACAGCAUCUGUUCGAUACCGAUACCAGCACUUUUGUGUCCAUAACCACACACUCUGGUGCCACGCGUGCUCUAUAUGCCGCGAUUGACCAUCCUGACGUCUGGCUCGCUGCUGGGUCUGUCGUACCUAUCAUGGUGGGGGGCCGCACACCAGGUUCGACUUGA